UACGUUUCUAGUUGCCCACAAAUUCCCUCAUCUAUUGCAUUCGACCACUCAUUCGUAGUUAACUUGCGCGAACGAUUGCACCUGUAUAGUGUGCACGCGAGGCUCUAGCUCUAGCGGGUGUGGAUUUUCUCUCGGUGGUCACAUUAAUAAUUGUGUGCAGCACACAUCGUCGUCAGUUUCGUCAUCGUCAGGUGUGUAAGGUUUCAAAGUCUUGAUUGUGGAAUCGGAGGAAAAACACGUAAAAUAAUUGCUUCGCUAAAGAAAAAGUGCGCGCAAGUGUGUUGAAUAAUUCUUCACCUAACUGAUUCCGAGGUCGGAAAAAGUGCAAUCUUUCGUCAAAACGAAACUGAAGAACGGGGGCAUACAACCAAAAUGAGUGACCAACAGCAGCAACAGUCCGGGCAACCGCAACAGCGCGGCUUCGAAGCCCUUAAGCAGCACGUCUUACUGCACAAGAUUGACUCGGCCCUCUGGGCUUCGCGAGUGCUGACCAUCAUCUUUGCCAUCGGAUACGUUAUUCCAAUAUUUGGGAAUGCCACCAGUUCCUACUACAAAGUAUUAAUGGCCAAUGCAGCCACAAGUGCCCUUCGCCUGCACCAGCGCAUGCCACCGUUCCAGCUGUCCCGAGCCUACCUUCAGCAGCUGCUGCUGGAAGAUUCAUGCCACUACCUGCUCUACUCGUUGAUUUUCCUGUACGUCAGUUUUCCGGUACUACUCAUCAUAUUCCCAGUGGCCCUUUUUGCCGUCCUGCACUCGGCCAGCUAUUCGCUAACGCUUCUAGACACUCUCGGUCAAAACUCAUGGUGGGGUGCUCGUUUGCUGAUCUCUCUGGUCGAGUUCCAGACCCGAAACAUUCUGCGGUUAGCUGCAUUCGCUGAGAUAUUUAUCAUGCCCUUGGCAGUAGUUCUUCUGUUCAUGGGCAAGGCCGCCAUUAUGACUCCCCUGGUCUACUACCAGUUCUUGGUUCUGCGUUACUCAUCGCGCCGCAAUCCCUACACCCGUAACGUUUUCUACGAGCUGCGCCUGGCAACGGAAAACUUCGCCAACGGAGCCCGCACUCCGGAGCCAAUUCGCAAAAUUCUGCAGAGCAGCAUUAGCAUUGUGAGUCGGCUAGCGCCCCCAAUGCAACAGCAGCAGCAGUAAUAGUAACACGCAGUCAUAAUCUAAGAAAAAACAAAGGCAUAAUCAUCCACCAACAAACCAUACGCACCAGCUCAGAAUGGAAGGAAUCAUUCUUAGGUUUUUUUUUCUUGGUUUUCCAUAUUAUGUCAAACACAGCAUAAACCGAUCAUUAUUUCCAAGACACCCUCACACGUAUUUUAAAAUAUGGAAAAGGUUAGUUUUAAAAAGACAUUCAGCAACCAGGUAGUAAGGUGAAGCAAUUAAACUAAGCUCCCGCCCUCGUGCAGAUAUAGUUAAGUUGCACUCACCGGUGCGAUGCAGCUACAGAGUUAACUCGUUGGUAUAAUCAGUCUAAUUAAAGGACAUGGGAGAUUAGUUUAAGAUAAACUAAUAAAGUUUUUUUGUUACGUAACUUUUUCAAUUAUCAGUUUUGAUUCAAAAAACAAUCCUAUUCUGUCGGAUGUAUACAAAGAACGAGAUUGCAAAAAAAAACUCUACAACAAUCGUUUGAACAAUCCUUUACAAACGUUGUCGGUUAAUCAUCAAAGCUGAUUGUUAAUGUGUGUUAGAAUUUGUGUUGUUCGGUUGUUUUCCCGAAUCGAUUGUACUCUGAAAGUGUAUCUGCAUGCAACUAUUGCAUAGAAUUUUCUUUUACGAUGUAAUACAACGACGAUAAUAUUUGGAGUCGGAAAACCCCCGAUGGCAAAGAGGUACUAUUUUUCUUGGUUUAAAAAAAUACACAUUUCCUAAUAACAAUGAAA